UGUCAAGUUUUUCAAUGUGUCACACAAAAUUAAAGUGAUGAUCUAUUGCAGUUACUAGAUUACGAUAUACAUGAGUUUCACAUCUCUGACACAAAAAAAGUUUGUUUACCUUCUAUUUAUUUGACAAUAGAAUGCAAUGCUUGUAUGCAUCACAUUUAUCAACGAGUAGUUAUAUGCAGGGCGCGUCUUUAUUAUAUCAUUGUAUAAUUAUAAUUUUGAUUCGUCUCAAAACAACGCAAUCAUCAAUUGAAUAACAACGGGGAAUGUGUGAAAAUCAUUUAUAUAAUUUAUGGUAUUUGAUGUUUUUCUUAAAUGUAUUUUAUAUAAUUUCAUACUCAUUUAAUUACCAUAAUGCAAAAAAAUUAUAUAUAAAAAUAUAAAAAUUAGUUACAAUCUAACUUAUAUCAUCAAAUUUUUGGUAAAUACAUGCAAAAUCAUCAAUAAUGUACCAUAUAAAUAUGUUUUUAACCAAACCUGCCUAUGUGGCAGGGAGUGAAAAUUUGCGUUUUGGUCAUGACUGACAGUGGGGAAGCCAUUUGUAAAGGCGAGAAAGGUCGGGGAUUCGAUACGUAAUAUAUAAACUCAUUUGUCUUUUUUAUCAUCAAUUCAUCAUCAGUCCCCAUCGGAUUUCUUUAUUCGUCUCCAAGGCCACAUAUAAAACAUUACCCGCUGCCCAAAAUUCGAAACGAAAAGAAGGGUGAAAAGGCCGAGCGAGCAGCGGCAGCGGUUACGGCGGCUUUCUUGUAGCAGAGCAUAACAAUUUUCAACGCGCUCAACAACAACCACGGCUACGGCCUACGAACAACUCCGACGACGACCGCUACUAACUUUCCACCACUGCAGCUGACUGAAAACUUCUCUUCAUUCUCUCCUUCCCCGGCUUCUUCCGAAGGUAUAAACACUCUCUCCCUUUCCCGCUUUCCGGCGACUUCUAAUAUGUACGGUAGGUAGGCGUUUCGGAUUCCGAUUUCCGGAGAUGGACGAUGUUUGCUUUCUCCGGUUUGUUUUGGCGAGAAUGCUUUCACUAUGAGAUCUGGAAGCGAUGGCGGAAAUGAGUGUUUGGUUACUCGGGGAGGAUGCUGAGAUAACAGCUGCUAUACCGAUACAGUUCCGUUUUCGUGUUUUUUAUUUGAUAAUUUACUUUAUUUUAUCACUGUCUUGUUGUAGUUUCUCAUCUCUUUUGCGUUUCGUUUUCUAGCUUGUUUUGGAGGUUUUCGAUUCUGGAAAUUGUUGCUUACGGUAACGUCAAAGCGGUACAGUUCUCUCCUGCCUGUGUUCUGAUUCAUCAGGAUUUGUUUUUGUUUCCGAGCAAACUCUGCUUUCCUUUUUUUUUGGUUCGACUUUGGAUUGUCUGUUGACUUUAUGAGUUCUGUACGUCAUUGAUUUGUGACUGUAUACAAUAGUGAAUAGUUGAUCAUCAAUGGAGGGUGUAAGCUUGUGAAAUUUUCUUGGUCCUAACAGUUAGAUUGUUAGAAAUGGAAGAAUAGGCAAAUAAUGGUGGAUUCUUCUGUGUUUCUUUACUCCUCCGUGUGCUUUGUUUUGGUUUGAUUCACAGACAUUUGAGUUUCGUUUGUUUUUGUGUGGUGAUCGCUUUGUUCUGUGGAACAUGCAACAAAGCUGGAUUUUGUUGGUGUUUGAUCAUUAACAGCUGAAAUUCCUCUGCUAUGUAUUGACAGGUUGAAGGGAACGGUGGCGUUCAAGUGUUACGAGAUCGGGGUAGAUAUCCCUAUUGAAAACCUGAGGUCUGAUUGUUGAGAGGAACUGGUUAUCUUUCAGGCAUUAUGCAUGUCUGAUCCAGUGGCCACCGUGGUUGAUGUGCCAAGAGGACUGAAUUUGGCUGACAGAACAAAAUCUGUUGAUGCAAUAUCCAGCAGGGACUUCUCAUCUCUAUCUGUCAACGGAGAAGUACCCCACAGGUUCUCCGAGAGCCCCUCCUUCAGAAUCGGUGAGCUGUUUCUCACCAAUGGGGAAUCAUAUUUCGGUUCGUUGCUGGGAAAUGUACCGGAGGGUAAGGGCAAGUAUGUCUGGUCAGAUGGUUGUAUUUAUGAAGGUGAAUGGAGACGUGGGAUAAGGAGUGGGGUUGGGAAAAUCCAGUGGCCUUCAGGAGCAGCCUAUGAAGGCAAAUUCUCAGGUGGUUAUAUGCAUGGUGCUGGUAGCUACAUUGGUGCAAAUAACAUUACAUACCGAGGGAGAUGGCGGUUGAACCUCAAGCAUGGGUUGGGAUAUCAAGUUUAUCCUAAUGGAGAUGUCUGCGAAGGGUCUUGGCUACAAGGAACACCAGAAGGACCCGGGAAGUACACAUGGGCUAAUGGAAACGUCUAUAUGGGGAACAUGAAAGGUGGGAAAAUGACAGGGAAAGGGACUUUCACUUGGGUGAAUGGGGAUUCAUUUGAAGGAAGCUGGUUAAAUGGUAUGAUGCAUGGAUUCGGAGUGUAUACUUGGAAUGAUGGUGGUUGCUAUGUUGGCACUUGGAGCCAUGGUGUGAAGGAUGGGAAAGGAUCGUUCUACCCCAGUGGCAGUCGGUUUCCUUCAGUACAAGAACGAUACCUCAAUGCACUUAGGAAAAGAGGGCUGCUCCCUGAUAUGAGAAAGCAGAACCAAGCACAUAUACAUCAUGCUUCUUCAGUGGGCAUGGGGAGCAUGAAGGCUGGUAGAGAUCAAAGGUCCCAUCGUGAUUCGUCAGGUAAUUUAACCAAGGGAAGCUUGAUGAGCUUGCAGCAGCAAUCUCAUAACAAGAAUGUGUCGUUAGAAAGACGGUGGAGCCUUGAGGUGUCGAUUGAACAGGUGAUGGGACAUGAUUCAUCGAUUGAGUCAUCUGAAUUUGAUGGAUCUAGCCUCCCACCGAUCCUGGAAAGAGAAUAUAUGCAAGGUGUUCUGAUUAGUGAGAUUGUACUGAAUGACGACUUUUCAUCAAUGUCCAGAAGGGCAAAGCGAAGGCAAAAGAAGUUUGUUAGGGAGAUCAAGCGACCUGGUGAAACUAUACUUAAAGGGCACCGUAGUUAUGACUUGAUGCUCAGUUUGCAGCUUGGUAUCAGGUAUACAGUAGGGAAGAAUACCCCUGUACAGAGACGAGAAGUUCGCGCAUCGGAUUUUGGUUCAAGGGCUAGUUUUUGGAUGCAGUUCCCCAAGGAUGGAUCACAGUUGACACCUCCACAUCAUUCAGACGAUUUUAAGUGGAAGGAUUACUGCCCUAUGGUUUUUAGAAAUUUGAGGGAGAUGUUCAAGAUCGAUGCUGCUGAUUACAUGAUGUCUAUAUGUGGCAAUGAUGGUCUUAGGGAACUCUCUUCUCCGGGGAAAAGUGGGAGCAUUUUCUUCUUGUCUCAUGAUGACCGCUUCAUGAUUAAGACGCUCAGGAAGUCUGAAGUCCAGGUACUUCUGAAAAUGCUCCCUGAUUACCAUCAUCACGUGAGAACAUAUGAAAACACACUCAUAACGAAGUUUUUUGGGCUUCAUAGGAUCAAACCUACAAGUGGUCAGAAGUUUCGUUUCGUGGUUAUGGGAAACAUGUUCUGCACUGAAUUGAGGAUCCAUCGGAGGUUUGAUCUGAAAGGUUCCUCACUAGGGCGAUCCACAGAGAAAAUAGAAAUCGAUGAGAACACUACUCUCAAGGAUUUGGAUCUGAACUACAGCUUCUAUUUGGAACCUACUUGGCGAGAAUCUUUACUAAAGCAGAUAGAGACAGACAGCAAAUUUUUGGAAGCACAGCAUAUCAUGGAUUAUAGCCUUCUAUUAGGUGUGCAUUACAGAGCACCGCAGCACCUUCGGCCCUUCACGUCACUUCGGAAGAACGAAGGGUUAGGAGUUCUGGCCGAGGAAGACACCAUCGAUGAUGAAACAUACCCACAAGGUCUAGUCCUCAUCCCUCGAGGAGAGGACGAUGGCAGUGUCGUUGUUGGUCCUCACAUCAGAGGCAGCCGAUUGAAAGCCUCAGGUGAUGAGGAAGUUGAUCUCCUUCUUCCUGGCACUGCAAGGCUUCAGAUCCAGCUUGGGGUUAACCUGCCAGCAAGAGCAGAGCAGACUACAGAGGAUGAAGCAGGGAAAAAGAAGUUCAAUGAAACAUAUGAUGUCGUUCUUUACCUUGGCAUAAUCGACAUUCUCCAGGAGUACAACAUUAGUAAGAAGAUUGAGCACGCUUACAAAGCUUUCCAAUUCGAUUCCUUGUCGAUUUCAGCUGUGGAUCCCACGUUCUACUCCAGGCGCUUCCUGGAGUUCAUACAGAAGGCAUUCCCUCCCAAUGCUGUCACCCUCUAAGAAGCCGUUCCCUCCAUUUUCCUUCCUUUCAUUCCAUGAGGCACAGCAGAUUCUUGUUUUUUGUCGAACCGAUUGGCUCGAUGGCGACCACCACGAAUGAUAAUUCGACUUGUACAUUACAAGCCUCGUACAAACACAACUGAUUGAGCCAUAUACAUAUGCAUCAUUUCAUAUAAUGCCAUGCAUGCAUCUGCUGUUAGAAAUAUAGGAUCGUCGUGGUCAUUGCAGAUGAUCAAUUGCUCUCUUAAAAAUUUGAUAUGGCCUGAGCAGUAUUUGAUCCUCUCAAAGAUGUAACACCUCUGUUAAAACAUUCAACCGCAAAUCACAACAUUCAGAGUUUCAGAUGACGACGACUAACAGCUUUGAGGUGAAAUGUUUAAUCAUGAAUUUCAGGCAAUCAAAACAAAGGCUUGUUCUGAAGAGUACCAAAGCAGAACAAACCUUCCCAAUUCGC